AUUCACAUGCGGUCAGUAUACCACCAGUACUGAAGUUAAGGUUUCCUCCCUGCUGUCUACAAGUGGACAGAGUGGGUGGUGUAGGACUUUUCCAGGCAAAGCAGCCAUUCAAGCUAAGCCUCCCAUUGAUUACAGCAGGCAAAGUGUUCUACGGUGUUAUAAAGUAUCGAAAUAAACAGUGCAAGGAACGAGUGUCACGCGUGAUCAAUGGGCGGCAUAGCCACUGACCGGGCGCUGGGUUCUCAGGAUUUUGGAGGACAAGAACAAGCUCUUCUCCCUUCGGAGGCUCCCUCCACUCUCCUCCUCGUGUUCUUCCCACGAAAGUUUUUCUGUUGAGUGGGCUCCUGACAAACCUGCAGGAGCGCCUCCUCUCAGAGCUACUAAUCGUUCUGUGAGUUUGUGUCAACAGAAGCCCCGGCUGCUAGGGAGGCCCACUUUGGCUUCUCGGGCCACUACCAAGCCUGGUGCGAAGGAAGUGGGUCCGGUUCCAAAGUGGGUGAGGAACAUACGGGCCAGAGGCAACGUGGCUGCCCACAAGUGGCUGGCUGAUGACCAUCACCUUCUUCAGCACCAACAUCGGCUCAGCUGUGGUUAUGCUGAUUCCCACCGUCAUGUUCACUGCGGUGGCUGUGCUCUCCUUCAUCGACCUCACAAAGGUGACCCAGAAAUUUCUACCUCUGUUGAUGUUUCAGCUUCCUCUGUCUCGAUCUGCAGCGUAUUUCAUGUUGCUGUGAGCAAAAUGCUGGUCCAGGUUCGGUACUGCCAACAGCAGAAGUAUGUGAAGGUGGAUGAUGUCGAUGGACAGUUGGAUUUCAUGCGGUUCCAUGAAAAAGUCAUCGAGAGAUUUUGCCUGCCACCUGAUGCAAAAGUAGUGUACAAAUAUGCGACAGGGACAGAAGCUGAUGAAGACAUUUUCAGUGACCUUGUCAGCCAAGGCAGUGUGGUUCUAACAGUUUUCUCAAAUGAUGAGUUUUCCGAUUGCUCCUUGUCCUCUCCAUCUGAGUGGUCUGACUCGAGCUUCAGUUCAAGUACAAGUGCAUCAACUAUACUUCUAGAUGAGGUCCCUAGGAAGAAAUCAAGAAUUGAAGGCACAAUUAAUGCAGCAUCUGCUAAAAAGUUGAUCGAAGCUGUACUUGGAACCAGUUCAGGUGGUGAAGAGGUCCUCGAAGAAUAUCACACAACACAAACUCUUACAGAUGCUACCAGAAGAAAACUGGUCAAUAUAAUAGUGGCCCACAUGAUUGAUAAACACGGGCACCUCCCCACCAAAGCUGUUAGAGAAGAGUACGCUCUUGGGAUAGUGACGGUGUUCCCGUCCCUCAAAGACCCAUGCUCCAAGAAAGGCUACGAACACUUCUAUGAUGCUGCAAGCAGCACAGGAUACAUUUCUUGGCAUCUGAAGACAAUCCAGAGAAAGAUUCGACGAGGAUCUGCACCUCCAAAUAGCUGCACUGGCUUUUCUCGAGGAGGAGGGGGCCCUAAUUUCCAAAGAUCCAUUGUUGUUGAGAAGCAGCUUGACGGAGAUGCUUGCCAGGAGGCCAUCUCUUUGCUCAACCAUACAACAGACUCUUCCUUAAUUCUCCAAAAGAUGAGAGAGACCUUUCAGUAUCGUCAGAACCUUAUCAAUGACCCUGACAAAAGUCUUGAUAUCCUGUCCAUCUUUCCAAGAUUCCUGGAUACAAAAGGAUUGGUGAAUCAAGACUUCACUCUCCUGUUUGAUGAUGAGGUAUCCACCAGGCUGCUUCAGAAAUGGGAUCCGGUCUUCAGGUGUAACGUCAUCAAAGAGGCCAAGCAGCUCACCUCAACACCAGAGCUGCAUCAAUUGGUGCAGUCAGCAGAGAGUCCACCAGGAAGUGAUGAGGCAACAACUUAUGAUAAAGAGAUGGCCUCCCUUUUGUUGCUGUUAUAUCUCCUUCCGCCGCCACCAGGGGGACCGAAGUCUCCAAAAAUCAGCGCCUGUGAUGCAGUUGAGAAACUUGUUGUCUUUCACAAGUCUUGCUGUAGUUUGGAAGAGCCUCUUCGGAAUCACCAGGGCCAGUAGCCAUAUCUCCUAGCUGUUGGUCGCCAGAAGAGGAACAUCGACAGCUUCUACAUCUCCAUGGACAAGCGUCUCAUCCCUUGCCAGGCAAACUGCUCCCUUGGGGCAUUUGAUGAGCUUUUUAAAGCUCAUUUUGUGUUCAAUGUGUCUUAUGAUGGGGCGCGUGUGAAUUUCUACACCUUUCUGCAGACAACAAUUUAUAAUAUAGAUAUGGGAAAAAUGAAGGAGUCACCAAGAGUUCGAGACAUGAGAGCCAAACUCCUUAACCAGGAAAUACUUGUCACAACCCUGAGUUAAAGGCAAGGCAAUCUCUUGAAGGCAUUGUGAGCAAAAUGCUGACAUGUUUUUUGUGUAAGAAAGUUUAUCCCAGCAGUCAGCAGUUAAUUUCACAUUUAAGAAGUGAACAAGGUUAUUAUCCUGGACCUAAGUAUAAGUUGUUUUGUUGUCAACCAAGCUGCAGGCUUCAGUUUCAAACUUAUGCAGGCUUUAGGAAGCACCUCAGUAUCGUUCACAGCAAUGUUGAGCAAAUUGUUCAAACUUCAGGUGUUGCUUGUUCCUCUAGUGAUCCAGUUUCACAUGCUUUGGAGGACCAGUUUAAUUCCACAAAUCCUCCUCAAAGUCCAUCCAGUGUUCUUCCAGUGUUUAAUUCUUCCCAUGUUCCAGAGAGCAGUGUUUCAGGACUUAACAGGGAUUUAUCCAAAGAAAUGUGUGCAUCCAUCGUGGCCAAACUACAGGGUAAUGGCAUUUCUAACAGUUUGGUAUCUUCACUUGUAGGAGAUUUGGAGGAAUUAACAAGUGAGCUUACUCAGAAGUGAAGCAGGCCAUUAUUUCUGCUUUACCCACAACUGACCCCAACAUAUCUGUUAUAAAUGAAUGUUUUGAAAAAUUGGAAAACCCUUUCACUCAUCUGAAUACAGAAUGGAAACGAAAUAAAUACUUGAACCUAAAAUGGGGCAUUGUAGAGCCUAGAGAAAUAGCACUUGGAGUGUGAUAUGACACCAGGUGUAAUCAGAAAUCCAGUACUUAUGAUCAAGUACCUGUAAAAGAUACUUUUAUAUAUGUACCUAUUCUGGAAUCUUUGAAGUUUAUGUGCAGAAAUCCGGAGAUUUGUGUUUUCCUGAAGAGAGAGUGUAGGUCAGAGCCUGAUGCUUAUCAUGACUUUUGUGAUGGAAAUUACUUUAAAACUCACCACGUUUUGAGCCAAAAGACAUGCAUUACAAAUUCAGCUAUACUAUGAUGAUUUUGAAACAGCCCUUGGCUCAAAACGUGGAAUUCACAAAAUUGGCUGCAUUUAUUUCAUUGUAAGAAACCUACCUCCAAAGUUUAAUUCCAUUUUGAUGAACAUUCAUUUAGUAUCACUUUUCCACACACCAAAUCUGCAGAAGUAUGGUUUUGAUGUUAUACUGGAACCACUGAUAAAUGAUGUGAAACAACUGGAAAGCCAAGGACUAAGUCUUCCAUUUUCUGAUGAGCCAGUAUAUGGUACAAUCUCACAGAUCACUGGAGAUAAUCUGGGGAUGCACUCAAUUCUUGGUUUUAACGAGUCAUUCAGUAGCCGUCAUUUCUGUCGCCUUUGUUUGGUUGAGAAAGAUGAUUGUCAAACGGUGUACACUGAGGAUGAUCCUAAAGUGAUUAUUCGUGGAAAAGAUAUGUUUGACAUGCAUUGCCAGUCUCUUAAGGAAAAUCUUCAGUUGAAGUCACUGUAUGGUUUGAAAAGAAAUUCUGCACUCAAUUCAUUACAGUAUUUCCAUGUUUGCAGUAACUACUCAUUUGAUAUAAUGCACGACCUUCUUGAAGGUGUUGCUCAGUAUGAGAUCAAAUUGCUAUUUGAAUAUCUCAUAGAACACUUCAUAUCAGAACAGAACUUGCUUUCUAGGAUUUAUGGUUUUGACUAUGGUUUUUUAGAGCGAAAAAACCGCCCCACUAAAAUCAUAUUGGAUCGUGCUGGCAAUGGCAUUGGCUUGAACUCCAUCCAGACAUCAUGUCUCGUGAAAAACAUCCCACUUUAGUUUGGUGACAUAAUUCCUGCAGGGAACAGACACUGGGAAUUAUUACUACUGUAACUUCAAAUAAUGAACAUCGUUUUUUCACCUUCUUUCACUCUGGGUAUGACCGUGUAUUUAAAGAAUCUGAUUGUUGACCACCACAAACUAUUUAAGCACUUGUAUCCACACAGAAAAUUGAUACCCAAGCAUCACUUGAUGAUUCAUUACCCAUCUUCUAUUAGGAAAAUUGGCCCAUUGUUGUUUGUCUGGUCUAUGAGGUUCGAGGCUAAACAUAAGUUGUUUAAAGGUUAUUUCAAAAAUUUCAAAAACAUAACCAAAUCACUCACUAAAAGGCAUCGGAUGGCCAUUGCUUAUCACUGGGAAACCUUCACUCUUAAACAGAAGGAAUAUGGGCCAAUUAAAUCAUUUUCUUUGAGAGAUGAAAAUGUGGUCAACAGUGAAAUGCUUGACAUGUUGUCAAAAGAUGUUUUCUCAACAAGUUGGGUUAAAGUUGAUGGUGUAGAGCACAGAGCUGGACUUGUUGUUUGCAGUUUAUUGGAGGAAGACAUGCCAGUCUUUUGUCAAAUACUUGAUGUACUUCUAGUUGAAGAUGACAUUUUUUUAUUGACACACAAGCUAUUUACAGAGAACUUUGAUGAACAUCACCAUGCGUUCAAAGUAUUACGAAGAAGGUGGCGCUGGCUAUGGCGACACGCAGCAGCAGUGUGAGAGGUGUCCGUUUGUUGGCUGUGUUUAAGUGUGGUUUUUAAGUGUUUUUAUUAACUCUUUUAACCACUUGUGGAGGAUAAUGUCGGCAGGGAAUCAUCCCAGUUUGGGGGGCAUUCUCUUCAUUUUAACACUUUUAUUCCACUUUUUACUUGGAGUAUGUGAGAGUGGAAAACCUCACCAGUAUAGCCGCGACUUCCUACUUUUGCUCCGUGACUCGGGGUUGGGCACCGUGGAUCCCUCGACAGCUGUUCCCCCGGAGAUCGGCCGGCUGAAUCCCUUCACGGAAAACCGGAGCAGGUCGGACGGGCCGAGGCGUGCGAGGAAAAGGGGGAAACGCGGCGGACUGCGACAGAGGCUCAAGCGGCAGGGCCAUCGUCGGAUACCUCUACCCACUGUCAUCCUGGCUAAUGUUCAGUCGCUCCGGAAUAAGGUGGAUGAGCUUCAGGGUAACGUCAAGUAUUUGGCAGAGUACAGGGACGCAUGUAUCCUGGCCCUCACGGAGACCUGGCUUAAGGAGCAAGAUCCACAGUCAGCGCUGGAGAUUGAUGGAUUUGGAGUUCCCUUCCGCCUUGAUAGAGACCCCGCAGUGACCGGCAAGUCACUCGGCGGGGGUGUGUGUCUCUACGUCAAUAAAAACUGGUGUAAUACGGUGAUUGUCAGGGAGACACUGUGCACCAAAGACAUGAAACCAUUGUUCCGUAUCCCUGCAACCGUUUUAUCUUCCCAGGCAAUUUCCACAGUUAUUUAUUACUGUUGUUUAUGUUCACCCGAAGGCUAAUGCUGAUGUAGCAACUCAAGCUAUGCUAAAGACAGUGCAGCAGCUGCAGGGGUUAGCGCCGGACGCACCGUGCUUUAUUUUGGGUGAUUUCAAUCACUGCAAACCAUCAAAGUUCUUGGCUAGUUUUUAUCAAUAUGUGACGUGUCCCACUCGACAUGCAAAGUGUCUGGACCUUUGUUUUGGAUCCAUAAAAGGAGCAUAUAAGUCCUUCAGCAGAGCUCCACUCGGUACGUCCGAUCAUAAUAUGGUCUAUUUGGUUCCGUCCUACAAAUCCAUCCUGAAGAGGAACAAGCCGGAGAGAAGAUUGGUUCCGGUUUGGUCAGAGGAAUCAAUCCACUGCCUCCAGGACUGCUUCCACAAUACGGACUGGGAUUUGUUCACAAAUGUUUGCGAAGAUACUGAUGAAUUAACUGAUGUUGUUUCAUCAUAUGUUUCUUUUUGUGAGGCCUCCAUUAUUCCACAGAAAGAAAUUUUCCUCUACCCCAAUAAUAAGCCAUGGGUGACCAAAAGUGUCAAAACUGUGAUUAAUCAGAGAAGCAUUUGUUUCACUCAGGGUGACACUGCUCGAUAUAGGGAGCUUCAAAAACAGCUAAAAAAGGAGCUAAAACUUGCCAAACGUAGAUAUAAGGACAAGGUUGAGAGCAUGCUAAGGACAGGCAGCUCUCGGUCUGCACGGGACGGGGUCAAAUCCAUGAUGGGGAUGCAAUUCAGGAAGAGCCAUGUCUCCUUUAAUGGAAGGUCUGAUCUGGUGCUCUCAAAUGAAGUGAACAACUUUUACAGCCGUUUUAACAACUGUGAUUUUAGCGAGGAAUUGUCAGUUUUUACAAAUGUUGGCCCCUCACAAAAUAAUGCUGUUGACAGGUGCAAGGUGUGUAAAAUUUCCCGUGGAACCAAGGAAAGAAAAAGCCCUGGCCCAGAUGGCAUUGGAGGGCGUGUUCUUAAGAACUGUGCUGAUCAGCUGGCAGAUAUAUUUACUUUCAUUUUUUCAAUGUCCCUCCAACUGCAUAAGGUCCCGUUAAUUUGGAAGAAUUCCAUUAUUGUCCCAGUUUCCAAGUCUGCAUCCGCCAAAUCACUAAAUGAUUUUAGACCUGUGGCAUUAACUUCUCUUGUUAUGAAGUCAUUUGAAAAAAUUGUCAAGGAGACACUUAUGACCUGUGUUCAAGAGAACCUGGACCCACUGCAGUUCGCUUACAGGUCAGGCAGAGGUGUUGAAGAUGCAUUAGCCACCCUUUUAAAUCUUGUCUCAUCUUGAGGGAACCAAGACUUUUGCCCAUCUUUUAUUUAUUGACUUUUCAUCUGCUUUUAACUGUAUACAGCCACACAUUUUAGCAGUAAGAUUAAGGGACUUCCAUUGCAUUGAUCCUGGUCUAAUAGCUUGGCUAAUGGAUUUUUUAACACGAAGACCACAACGUGUGAGCAUCAAUGGUGUUUUGUCAGACACCCUCGUCUCCUCCACUUGAUCACCUCAGGGCUGUGUCCUUUCUCCUUUACUGUUUGUUUUAUACACGAACGAGUGCCGGAGCCAGCAUGUGGGGCCUCACAUUCUGAAAUUUGCGGAUGAUUCAGUGAUUGUGUCCUUGCUGAGUAGUGACAACUCUGACCAUGGCCCUGUACUGAAGGAAUUCACUGACUGGUGUUCCACAUCCCUUAUGCACGUCAAUGUGUCUACAACUAAAGAGAUGUUUAUAGACUUUAGGAAACAUCAGUCAGUCCCCCCUGCUCUUGUCAUCGAGGAUCAAGCCGUCGAGCUGGUCCAUACUUAUAAAUAUCUUGGCAUUAAUAUUGACGACAAGCUGUCUUUUGUCUUUCAUGUUGAUGCUGUUUGUAGGAAGGUGCACCAACGCAUGUAUUUUUAUAGGAAAUUGCAGAGUUUUAAGGUUGAUAGUACUUUCAUGAAAAUGUUUUAUUCUUGUUUUAUUGAGUCUGUCUUAACUUUUUCUUUUAUCUGCUGGUACGGCUUACUUUCACUUAAAAACAAAAACAAAUUACAGGGUAUAGUGAGAGUAUGCAGCAAAAUUGCAGGUAUUAACCUCAACAAUCUCUCUGAUGUAUAUAAGCUCAGAACCCUAAAUAAGGCCCACACACUCCUCACUGACCAGAGCCACCCCUUGGUUGGUGAGUUUGUGCUGCUCCUGUCAGGCCGCAGGUACAUCCUGCCAAGAUGCAGGACAAAUAGACUCAAGCAUUCUUUUGUCCCUGCUGCAAUUGUCCUGCUAAACAAGUGACUGACUAAUACGUUCAUCCUAUUUAUUGUUGUCGUCUGUGCUUUAUGUAACUGGUACUCCGCGAUUGUUGUUGACUUUUGUUCUGCUGACUGUAGAGUGAUUUGCCCCACGGGGACAAUAAAAGAUUCCUUGAUCCUUGAUCCUUGAACAGAAGAAAGGUGUGUAGUAAAAACAACUGAACUUAAAUGUCACAAACCCUUUGAUAUUCAAAGCUCAUAUUGAGCUACAGAUGAAAGUUUGUACAUUAUACCUUCAUUUAUUAUGUUUUAAUUGACUGCAUGGGAGAAAAGCGUCAAAAUAAAUGUUUUUGAAAAUUUA